AUGGUGAGUUUAGAAAGGUAUUAUCUAUAAUCAAGCAGCUUUCGUCGGAUUUAAUCUUAGAUGGAUGGAUGGGAUAUAUGGUUAAGAAAGCGACCGCAGAGAAGGGCAAACUCUUGAAACUGGGAAAAGCUAAAGGAGCAGGUUUCCGACAAGAAUCACGUUAA